AACUGUAAACGAUAAGAUACGCGUGCAUACAGCCCACGCCUAUUUCUCAAAUUACAAUUUUUCAUAUUUAAUGGCCUUACAAGUAUGGAUAGAUUUCUGAAAAAACGUAAGUUAGAUACAAAUGAAGAGAUGCAGGGUCUGAGGCAGUCUGUUGAAGCCGCAGCCACUGCCAAUGAUGCUGCCUCGUCGAAAUUACCAAGAAAGGAGGGAAUUAACCUGCAACUAAAAGUUUGUCAAUAUUGUGAAAACUACAUAGCUCUGGGAUUUACUUGGACUGGAAACCUAGACUGCCCUUCCCUUUUGUGUACUGUUUGUGGGGAGAAGCUGGCUAAUAGUGCUAUGGCACCAGCCAAACUGAAACGACACUUAACAACUAAACAUCCAGAGUUGUCAGGCAAAAAUGAACAAUAUUUUAAAAGAGAAUUGGCAUUUAAUAAAAGGCAAGUUUCUAUGUUUGCCAAAAAGUUCAAGUUGAGUGACAAAGGACAAGAAGCAAGUUAUGCUGUGGCGGAGAUAGUUGCAAGAAAAAUGUAAUCUCAUACCAUCACUGAAACUGUAAUUUUACCUGCAUGCCAGGAAAUAGUGAGGAUAAUGUUUGGAGAGGAUGCUGCAUCAGAGCUAAAUAAAAUUCCACUUUCUGACAACACAAUAAGUAGGCACAUUCAAGACAUGACAGGAGACAUUGAGUGCAAUAUUAAGUCAAAAAUACUGAAACAUAAGUUGUUUGCGCUUCAAGUUGAUGAGAGUACAGACAUCACUGGUAAAGCACAACUCCUUGUAUUUGUUCGUUUUAUUAAUGAUGAAGCUAUUGUAGAAGACUUCCUGUGUUGCAAAGAGUUGCCAGAAACAAGAAAAGGACAAAAUGUAUUUGAUGUUUUGAAUUCAUAUUUAGAGUAUUGUAGAUUGAACUGGAAAAACUGUGUUGGUAUUUGUACAGAUGGUGCCCCUGCAAUGACAGGAUGUCUUAAAGGCUUUGUCCCAAUCGCACAAAAACAAAAUCCAAAUAUUAUCCAUACUCAUUGUUUCAUUCAUAGAGAAGCACUAGUUGCUAAAACUCUUGAACCUGAACUAAAAUCUGUAAUGGAUAUGGUAGUGAAAAUAGCUAAUUACAUCAAGAUGAGGCCAAUUAAAUGUCAACAGUUUGCGAAACUUUGUGUGGGUAUGGAAGCAGACAUUUCCACCUUAAUCCAACACACAGAAAUACGAUGGGUGUCAAGAGGAAAAGUAUUGUCUUGUUUUUAUGAAUUAAGAGAAGAGUUAUUGACCUUUUCUUUGCAAGAAAACCUGAAAGACUUUGUAGAAUGUUUGAGUGAUGACCAUUGGUGUUCCAAGUUAGCAUAUCUUGCCAAUAUAUUUCACAAGCUAAAUCCCUUGAACAAUGGCAUGCAGGGCAGGAACGAAAAUAUCUUGUCUUCUACUGACAAAAUAAAUGCUUUUCAGAAGAAAUUGACAAUAUGGAAGAAAUGCAUAGGAAAUUUGGAAAUGUUUCCAAGUGUUUUUAAAAGGAAUUGUCAAGAAAUUGCGCUACUGAUUUUGAACCAUUUGCACACUUUGUUAACAAAUCUUGACAAAUAUUUUCCAUCGAUAUCUGUUGACCUGUAUGACUGGAUUAGAAACCCAUUUGUGGAAUUUGAACCAUUUGAAGAACAAUUCACAUUAACAGAAGAAGAACUUGCCAAUGUUUUAAAUGACAGAACAUUAAAGUUGAAGCAUUCUGAGCUUAACCUGAAUGCAUUUUGGUUGCUGGUUGAAAAGGAAUAUCCUGCAAUUGCCCAGAAAGCACUGCGACUUCUUGUGCAGUUUUCAACCUCCUACUUGUGUGAAUUUGGAUUUUCAGCUCUGACAACCAUCAAGCACAAGAAGCGAGCACAAUUGCUGUCUGUGGAAGAUGAACUUCGUGUGUGUCUAUCAAAAACACGACCCAAUCUUAAAGAGUUGUGCAAGAAACACCAGGCUCAAGUUUCUCAUUGAGUUUUUGAU